GGGUGUGCCCAGCCCCUGCCCCUUCUCCUUCCACAUCCACCUGGCAGCAGAAGCCUUGGCCGACUCAGCCUGGCUCCCCUGGGCUGGGUAUGCCCUUGCCUGCAGUUCAGGCCAGCGACCCUGGCGCGCGGUUACUGACUGCUGUCGCAGGGCUUCAUCUACACUAGGGGAGGAGUGUCUUGCUGGGAGGUGUUGGGUGGGGCCCGGGGCUACUUCUAGCAGUGCCCUGGGCAUGCCUGUGCUGCAGCAGCCAGGCUGGAAGAUGUCCCCCCUCCCUCCCUGAGAUUGAGUCCCUGGAUCAGCUCCCCUGCUGCAGGGGCUGGGUGGCGCUGGAGCUCAGGCCAGCGGCUUUGCCCGCAUCUGUUACCUGGCAGCAGGCACGUGCCGGGAGGAAGGUGGGCACUGUGGCAGUGUGUGCAGGGCAGGGCUCAGAGGCCAGGGUGGACAGCCCUGUGCGUGGCUGUGGCUGGCAGAGGCCCCCUGCCACCACAUCCUGAUGCUGCCUGUGACUCGUGCCAACCCCUGGCUGCUCCCGCUGCCCCCGGGCAAGUCUCUGCAGCUGUGCCCUGAUGGUGCCCCCCCCACCACAGAGAUCAUUGAGGAGCUGAUGAAGGAGGAUGGAUUCCAGCCAGACACCCCGUCCUUCCUGCCCAGGCCUAUGCCCAAGGGCCCGGCCAAGUUGGUGCCCCGGGGCUCGAGCCCCAUGGUGCCCACGGGAUCGCUGCACCACCCACAGCCUCUGGGGUCCGGCUCGCUGCCAGGGACUCUGGGGCCCUUUGGAGACUCCCCCCUGCUGCCACCUGUCUCCCGGGGCCCCCAGCUCACCCAGAGCCUGGGCAACUUGACGCUGUCGCCGAGGCUGGUGCCACGGGGGACGCCACUCCCAUCCACCGCCGCGCCCGCCCAGCACCACUGGUCCAUGCCCACGGCCAAGGAGCAGCUGGAGGACAUGCUGGAGCCGCCCAAGCUGGUGAUCACAGAGCAGCCAAAGCAGCGGGGCAUGCGCUUCCGCUAUGAGUGUGAGGGCCGGUCAGCUGGCAGCAUCCUGGGCGAGAGUAGCACUGAGGCCAGCAAGACCCUGCCAGCCAUUGAGUUGCUGAACUGCCAGAAGAUCCCAGAGGUGAAGGUGACGGCCUGCCUGGUGUGGAAGGACUGGCCGUUCCGUAUCCACCCUCACGGCCUUGUGGGCAAGGACUGCAGCAAUGGGCUCUGCGAGGUCACCCUCAAGCCCCAGACCAACCCCAAGCACAGCUUCAGCAAUCUCGGCAUCCAGUGUGUCAAGAAGAAGGAGAUCGAGGGGGCCAUCGAGAAGAAGCUACACCUGGGCAUCGACCCCUUCAAAGCUGGCUCCCUGAAGAAUCACCAGGAGGUAGACAUGAACGUGGUGCGGAUCUGCUUCCAGGCUUCCUAUCGCGACACCAGUGGGCAGACACGGCACCUCAGCCCCGUGCUCUCCGAGCCCAUCUUUGACAAGAAGUCCACCAACACGUCGGAGCUGCGCAUCUGCCGCAUGAACAAGGAGUGCGGGCCCUGCGCGGGUGGGGAGGAGAUGUACCUGCUCUGCGAUAAGGUCCAGAAAGAGGACAUUGCCGUCAUCUUCCGGAAGGAUACCUGGGAGGCCAAGGCCGACUUCUCGCAGGCCGACGUGCACCGCCAGGUCGCCAUCGUCUUCAAGACACCCCCAUACCAGCACCUGGACAUCCCUGAGCCUGUGGAGGUGGCCGUGUUCCUGCAACGCCUGACUGACAGUGUCUGCAGCGAGCCCUUCCCCUUCACCUACCUGCCCAAGGACCACGAUGCCUACAGGGUGAAUGCGAAGCGGAAGCGGGGGAUGCCUGACGUGCUGGAGGAGCUGUCUGGAUCCGACCCUCAUGGGAUCGAAGCCAAGAGGCGGAAGCAGAAGCCAGCCUACAUGGACCACUUUGUCACACCCCAGGCUGCAGAGGACACGUUCUCCCUCCUGGCCCCUGUGGAGCCCAUGCCGAUGCCGAUGCCCGAGGCCUUCGAGUACUGCCUGCCCCAGGACUACCCCCACUACGGCUGCCCCAGCCUGCGGGACGUGCUCCUGCCCUCCUGCGCCGUCACAGACUUGCCCGCCUGCCUGGACCCCGAGUUCCCGCCGGACAUAUAUGGCCCCCCGGCCAGCAGCACGGCCCCGUUCCUGGUGCCCAGGGAGGUCCCUGCGGGGGACACCGAGGGCACGGCCAGCCUGGUGGGAAGCAACAUGUUCCCCAGCCAGUUCAAGGAGGCCUGCGAGCGGGCGGAGCUGGAGCUGCGGCUGGGGGGCGGACGACGCUUUGCGUCCGAAGCCAAACCAGCCAAGUCCAUGCCAGAGCCGUAG